CUGGCAGGGGACCUCCAGCAUGCCCUCCUGUGCCCGCCUGCCCCCAGCACCUGUCCCAGAGCCAAGCACAGGACCUCCCUUAAUCCCAGUUAUGUAAUGUGCAAUCCAACAGCCAGCCAAGGAGGAGGCACCCAAGACCACGCCCAGGAGUGGGGGCAAAAGGCCCUGGCUGGGUCAGGGUUACAGAGCAGGCUCGCCUCUGUCUGCAGUGGCCUCUACUCCGUCAGCCUCGCCCAGCACCAUGAGCGGCCGAGUGGGAGAUUUGAGCCCCAAGCAGGCAGAGACCCUGGCCAAGUUCCGAGAAAAUGUCCAGGAUGUGUUGCCUGCCCUGCCCAACCCUGAUGACUAUUUCCUUCUGCGCUGGCUCCGAGCGCGGAGUUUUGACCUGCAGAAAUCAGAGGCCAUGCUCCGCAAGUACAUGGAAUUCCGGAAGGCCAUGGACAUUGACCACAUCCUGGAUUGGCAGCCCCCUGAGGUCAUCCAGAAGUACAUGCCUGGGGGCCUGUGUGGCUAUGACCGCGACGGCUGCCCCGUGUGGUAUGACAUCGUUGGGCCGCUUGACCCAAAGGGCCUGCUCUUCUCAGUCACCAAGCAGGAUCUGCUCAAGACCAAGAUGAGGGACUGUGAGCGCAUCCUGCAUGAAUGUGACCUGCAGACAGAGCGGCUGGGGAAGAAGAUCGAGACCAUUGUGAUGAUCUUUGACUGUGAGGGACUGGGACUGAAGCAUUUCUGGAAACCUCUGGUGGAAGUGUACCAGGAGUUCUUUGGCCUCCUUGAAGAGAAUUACCCAGAGACCCUGAAGUUCAUGCUCAUUGUGAAAGCCACCAAACUGUUCCCUGUGGGCUACAACCUCAUGAAGCCCUUCCUGAGCGAGGACACCCGCAGAAAAAUUAUAGUGUUGGGAAACAACUGGAAGGAAGGUUUGCUGAAACUCAUCAAUCCUGAGGAACUGCCUGUCCAGUUUGGGGGAACACUGACCGACCCAGAUGGGAACCCCAAAUGUCUAACUAAGAUCAACUAUGGUGGGGAGAUCCCCAAGUCCAUGUACGUGCGGGACCAGGUGAAAGCUCAGUACGAACACUCAGUGCAGAUCAGCCGCGGCUCCUCCCACCAGGUGGAGUACGAGAUCCUGUUCCCAGGCUGUGUCCUCAGGUGGCAGUUCUCAUCCGAUGGUGCAGACAUUGGCUUUGGGAUUUUCCUAAAGACCAAGAUGGGGGAGCGGCAGCGGGCAGGGGAGAUGACGGAGGUGCUGCCCAGCCAGCGCUACAACGCCCACAUGGUGCCCGAGGAUGGCAGCCUCACCUGCUCGGAAGCUGGUGUCUACGUCCUGCGCUUUGACAACACCUAUAGCUUUGUCCACGCCAAGAAGGUCAGCUUCACAGUGGAGGUGCUGCUUCCAGACGAGGGCAUGCAGAAGUACGACAAGGAGCUCACCCCUGUCUAGGCAGCUCCCUGACCCUUGGAGAGCCCUGGCCCCGUUCCUGCUCUCUCUGUGUGUUAGUCCCCCCUCAGAAAUCGAUCAUUAGUCCUCUUGACUCUGUGACAUUAGUGAGGAAAGAAAGAGCUACCUGGGGAAAGACUUAUGCUUUGUUCCAAUCAGGAAAGGUCUGAGAGCCGUCCGCCAA